AUGAGCUCGCUGUACGAUACCAAUCCUGAUCAGCAGGAAAAUAAUUUGACUAAUACCCCCACUUUAACAGAUAAGAAUAACAAAGAAUAUGAAGAAACAAAAGAAAAGGAGCCUGAUUUAAGCCUUGUCAAUGAUACGAACCAUACUGAAGAAGAAAAAGAAGCAAUUGAACCCCCAAGUAAUGAAUUUGAAGAUAAUUCAAAUGUUCCAAAAUUAUCUUAUUUAAAUAUAUUUUUACUUAAUCUCUGGUUUGGAUUUAAUGCCUGGGGUGGUCCUAUGGCUCAAAUAGCAUUAAUUAAGGAUACUUUAGUAAUUCAACAAAAAUGGAUUACAGUGGCAAGGUUUAAUAGAAUCUUUGGUGUUUAUCAAAUUUUACCUGGUCCAGAAGCUACUGAAUUAUGCAUGUUUUUUGGUUGUCUUUCUGGUGGUAGAUUUGGUGGUUUUCUUGGCGGUCUGGGGUUUGUUUUACCAGGUUUUCUUAUGAUUUUACUCUUUUCUUAUAUUUAUGUUAUAGUUGGACUUGAUAAUGUUUAUUUUAAUGCUUCUUUUCGAGCUUUACAACCAAUUGUAUCUGCAAUGGUAUUAAGAGCUACUCACAAAAUUGCUGAACAUGCAUUAAUAUCACAUACAUCUCAUCGUUUUAGUUAUUGGUUAUUUGGUAUGGCAAUUUUGGCUGCGAUUCAAACUACUGUAAACUUUAAUUAUUUUAUAACUUUAGGUGUAUGCGGUAUAGCAUUUAUGUUUAUUGAAAGAAAGUUAUAUUGGGUUGGAUUAUUUGUAAUUUUAUUAGAAUUGGUUGGUUAUGGAAUUUAUAUUGGAAUUAAUAGAGCUAUUCCAUCUCCUAGUUCUCUUGGCAUUGGUGUAGCUAAAGCUGAGCCUGGUAGUGGACCUGAUCCUGGUCACAUCUUUGCUUUGGGACUUGUUGCUGGCAGCUUAUCUUUUGGUGGUGCUUAUGUAACAAUACCAUUUUUACAAGCUGAAGCAGUAACAAUAGGACAAUGGAUGGCAAUAUCAACAUUUCUUGAUUCUAUUGCUAUUGGCAAUAUAAUUCCCUCACCAUUAGUAAUGUUCUCCACAUUUAUAGGUUUUCAAGCUGGUUAUCUCUGGGGUGGUCAUAAUAUAGGCUUUGGCUUUCUAGGUGGUUUACUUAUAGCUGUAGGAAUGCUUUUUCCAUGCUUUUUAUUUACAAUAUUAGGACAUAAUUUACUUGAAAAAUUAGUUCGCAAUAAAUUUCUAGCAGCAUUUUUUGAUGGUAUAUCUGGAACUGUUGUUGGAAUUAUUGCCGUAACUGCAAUGAAUUUACUCAAUUCUUCAAUAACAUCCACAACAGGUCUUGCGAAUGUAUCACAACAAGAUUUACCUAUUCUUCUAGCAAAAAAUAGUAGUAUUGCGGCUGUAUUAUAUGUUUUGACUUUGGCUGCUUUAUAUGGAUUUAAAAAACCAUAUUUAUCCUUAUGGUUAGUAAUUUUUGAUAUAACAAAAGAAAAAUCGAAAUUUGAUCCAACAUAUAAUAAUGAUGGAUUUGAUGAUGAGGGUUCUGAUGGCAAGAUUGAUGAAAUUGAUGAUAAACCAGAACAAACUGUUCAAGAUACUGUCCUCAAAUGGUGCGUAAUCUACACUGACGGAAGAAAAUCUAUGACUAGUGAAGUUGAUAAUUCACAAACACUUCCUUGGAAUUCAUUUGGUGAAUAUCUCCAUGAAAGUAUGGGAGAGGAUGAUGAUUUGCGUUGGCCACCUCGACUGACGUUAGAAGAAGCAAUUAAACAACAUAAUCUAGAUGAUGGUAAUUUGCUUGAAGCAUGGAAGAACUUCAUAAAAUAUGCUAAGAGAGGAGAUCAUAUUGCACUUUAUUGGAUUGGAUUUUACCUGCAAUAUGAUAUUUUAACAGCUUCUAACCUUUUUAAAAGAAGAUUUUACGAAGAAGCUAUAGAUGAGUUUGCCGAAGAAGCUGAAACAUAUUUACAAGCCGCAAUGAUGCUCUAUAAAAAAUCUGCAGACUUUGGCUAUCCUGAAGCGCAGCUAAGAUAUGGUUUUGGCCUUUAUUAUUUUAGAUUAUCUGCUGAGAAUAAUAAUUAUACAGUAGUGCAAUGUUUAAUUUUGGAAUCAUAUUAA